GGCGCGUGAUGGCGUGACGUAUUUAGCUAUAACAUCCCAAACCAGGAAGUGAAAGUGAACGACGAAAAGGGCAGAUUUGGUUGAUAAUUUUCAUUCCGCCUUUUCUAUGGCAACGGGCAACGGGGAUCCCGACGCCGUGAGAGUCACGACAUUCCGCGGAGAGCGGUGUCAUGUUCGGACUGAGCUUCCAGGAUGAAUCGCCCCGAUAGACGCCAGGGUGACUAAAUCAAAUCACGUCCUGGACACCCCCUGCUUCCCCUCCCUCGCCUGGUGGUCGUUGAUGUCUUGUUUUGACAUCUACAGUUUGACGUAGCGCGAUGCUAGCCACCAGGACAGCUGAGGAUGAGUCCCCGGAGAUGGAGGAGAUGGACACACUGGAGCCCAACUGGUGCUGGUUCUACCUGGCCGAGUGCGGGGUGUGGCACAUGUUUGAGUCAUUUCACCGCAGAUCGACCCAAGCGCCGCCUGCUCCGUGACCAGCGCUCAGAUCGAGCAGUGCUACGCCCGGAACCAGCGCGGCGUCAUGGAGUUCUACACGGCCAAGUACACGUACCGGCUGGACUUCUCGGUCAUGCGGCAGGUCAACUUGACGACGGGGAAGCAGCGGCCGAUCAAGCGGUCCCUUCACUCGGCAACGGGUUUCAGGUGAGAGUGGGCUAUCGACAUCAUGUCAUGGCAUCGUCGAAUCUGGUGUAUGGCCUUGGCUUCACCUUUAGGUUCAUUUGCGACAACCUGGCCUUGCCCGUGCCGUGUCACUGGGAGAGGAUCAACACGGACGAGCCCUAUCAGCUGGUCCAGUUGGGCCGAGACACCUACGAGUUUAAAGAAGUGGGCCGACUGUACGAAAGGACAAUGGAUCGACCCAUCAAAUCCAUCCAGAGGAUUCAGAACUUGGACUUGUGGGAAUUCUUCUGCAGGAAGAAAAGACAGCUGAGAAAAGUGAAGCGCACUCUAGAUAUUGAAGAGCGGAUGCUUUUCCACGGCACGGGGCACAACAACAUCCAGGCCAUCUGCAUGUUUAACUUUGACUGGCGUCUCACGGGAAGCAACGGCGACGUCUACGGGAAAGGCAGCUACUUCGCCCGGGAUGCCAAAUACUCCAGUAAGUUCUGCCACAACACGGGCAAGCACAACAACAACCUGCAGCGGCACGGGCUGGCGCCCCCCAUUUUCGCCAGCGAGCCGUCCUACAAGAGCAUGUUUUUGGCACGGGUGCUGGUGGGCGAGUACACCCUGGGCCACCCGCUGUACUGCCGCCCGCCCUCCAAGGACACCAGCCUCACCAACUUCUUCGACAGCUGCGUAGACGACACGGCCAACCCGAAAAUCUACGUCAUCUUCGACAGCAAUCAGAUCUACCCGGAGUACCUGAUCGAGUUCUACUGAGAUCGUGGCGCACUCCCGUUGCCUGGAGUGACGAGCACUUCAAGUGACGUCAUGGCGAUUCUGUGCCUAAGUAGAGCAUGAAUAAUCUCAAGUGCCUUUGAUGAGGACAAUAACAUUGCUGUGGGGACUUUGUUUUUCCACUGCGCCCACCCUAGGGAUAUUGAUGAAAAAUAGCUCUGGAAAAGAAAAAAAAAGAGUUAUGAAACUUCACUGAUAAAUCCUCGUGGCUGUUUUGUGCAUAUGUAUUGGCGCUGAACAUCCCUCACGGUCUCCACACGUGUAGCACUGUGUUGACAAGUAACCGCAACACGGAAUGUCGCUUUGCUAUGUGUGCAUCACAAAUCUUGUUAAGAUGUCGCAUUUCUUUGUGCGUCUGUGUACACCACAGCGAUCUUGAGGAGAAGAGCAAGUGACGGAAUUCGCCACAAGGUGGUGCAAUUGUACAAGUAUGGUUUCAGAGAAACUUAGUCAAAUUAUGUUCAGAAAUUUGUGUCUUAGUCAAAUUAUGUUCAGAAAUAUGUGUAAUUUGAACAUUGUGUGACUAAUAAAUGCUGAAUUUGUCUUGUAAUGAUCAAAUAACAGUCCAAAAUAAACGCAGUGCGUUGUGUGAUGCAGAC